UACUGCGGAUAUGUGUGAAGCGCGAGCUGCACGUCGCGCGUUUGACAGCCAAAUAAUUGUAUUUAUAGUCGAAAUGAAGUUCCUGGUGUGUAUAAAUGUUCUUCUGCUAAUUGCAUUCAGUCAAGGUGCUCAAAAGGGCGACAACGACGAAUGGGUGCAUUUGCCAAAUAAAUGUGAAGUGUGCAAGUUUCUGAGCAUUGAGAUGAAGUCUGCCUUUGAAGAGACAGGGAAGACCAAGGAAGUCAUAGACACAAAGUAUCGCUUUCUGGACUCGAAAGGGACAUCGCCAAUAAAAUAUGUCAAAUCAGACAUCCGGUUCAUAGAGGUUCUUGAGACGGUGUGUCAGAGACUCACGGAAUACAGCCUGCAUAAGGAGCGGGAGGGAAGCAACCGCUUUGCCAAGGGUAUGUCUGAGACCUUCUCCACACUGCACAACCUGGUCCACAAGGGUGUGAAGGUAGUGAUGGACAUUCCUUAUGAGCUGUGGAACGAAACCUCCGCAGAGGUGGCCGACCUGAAGAAACAGUGUGAUGUGAUGGUGGAACAGUAUGAGGAUGUAAUUGAAGACUGGUAUAAGGAUCAUCAAGAAGAUGAUCUCACCACUUACCUGUGUGAGAAACAUGUACUUAAGGGACAAGACAAAGGUUGUCUGUCAGAGAUGUGGACUGGGAAAAAGAAGGAAGCUGCAGGCAUUGCUGAAGAAAAGAAGAAAAAGAAGGGCAAGAAGAGCAAAGGGGAGAGCAGUGACUGGGAUGACCUGAAGAAGAAAGAGAAGAAGGGGAAGAAAAAAAAGAGCAAGGACUCUGCAAAGGAGAGAAGGGAUGAGGAAGGCUUUACAUCCCAUGAGGACACUGAGGGAAAAUCAACACUUGGAGGGGAGAAGACUGAGCUUUGAGAGCCUGCGAUGGGAGCUUGGACUGGCACGUGGACUGAUGCCCUGCCCUCCCUUCUUGGCCCGAUUUCUACCGCUCGACCUUCCUGCACCGGGGUGCCCGGCUUCUGCAGUGUUCUGGAACAUGUUUUGUGGCACGUUAAGUGCUAAUGAAGAAACUUGACAGAUGAGUUGUAUUGGCCUCCGGCCUACAGGUUCCGACUUUGCAUUGUUUUACCCCUAUUUGGCUUUACUGUUUGCAAGUGUGGAUUGUAUCCUCAUAGUCCAAAUGGAUCCUUCAGUAAAUACAAGAGGACUGGCUGCCUUUUGAGGGCUGUGCACUCCUCAGUUGUCCUGUAACCAGUUUCUGUGGGUCCACUUCGGUGUCUCCCUUCUCCACUGCUCUUUGAGUGUCCGGACUGACAUCCUGAUUGUUUUGGUUGGUUGUUUUCUGUACCUGCUGGUCUAGGUGUCCCCAGUGUAAAAUCAGUUAACCACCAAAGCAAUGCUGCAUCUCACCAGUCCUCCGUUACAUCCUGGGUCUGGGUCUCCAUUACACACCGCUCUUGUCCUUCACCGUGCUGUCGACAGAUUGGCGAAUAUAUAAUUUUUUUUUUUUUUUUUUUUUGGUGAGCUGAAGGCAACAAUGGAGAACCGUUUAUGUACAAACGGGCCUAUGUGGACAUGGGACACGCAUCCUCCGCGGGACAGGUAUCGCUGAAAGGCUGAGUGCUUAAAGUGACUAGUUUCUGGAAGGAUCCUUGGUGCUAACAUGUCUGCUAGAAGCGUCGCCAGUGUAUACUCGUGUACCUUAACAGCAGCACUACUAGGUGAAGUACCUCCGUGGUUUUCGAUCCUGGUUCUCGCAACCUGGUUUUAGUGGCAUUUGUUCAAGCUCAGCUUGUAAUUGGCUUUGAUGCAACUACACCUUGAGUUGAAUAUUACAAAUUUAAAGCAUGGUAAAGUGAAUGUAUUGGCUGAGGUCCUCUUAUGUACCAGUUUUUGUACACAAAGUAUAAACUGAAAUGAUCUGAACAGUAAAGAACUGUUCUGUGUGCUAAUAUUAUUUUCAUUUGGUCAAA